CAAGUGGAACAAAGUGGAUCGUGGAAGAAAGACAAAACAGAGGGGUAUUUCUUAAAUCCAGACUUGAAAACGCCAAAGCGGCUCAUGGUUUCUUCCGGCGGGGUUUCAUAACUCGACUCCUCAACGCGGAACAAAGAUGGGGAAGGUACAGAAGAAGAAGAGGAGCCUCGCCGACAAGGUCCGCAAAACUAAGACCUCUACUGAAAUCAAAAACAAUCCCUUUGAGGUGAAAAUCAACAGGAAGAAAUUUGAGGUUUUGGGGAGGAAAACCAAACAUGAUGUGGGUCUUCCUGGUGUGUCUCGAUCCAAAGCCAUCAAUAAGAGAAAAGAAACGCUCCUGAAGGAAUACAAACAGAAGGGCAAAUGCGGCAAAUUCGUUGACAGACGCUUUGGGGAGUACGACACCAAGAUGGCACCAGAGGACAAAAUCCUGAAGAGGUUCGCCAUUGAGAGACAGCGUGGCCACGAUAAGAAGGAUUUGUACAACCUGAACGAGGAGGAGGAGCUGACUCAUUACGGCCAGUCGCUGGCUGAGAUGGAGAAAUUCAACGACAUGGCGAAUAGCGAUGAUGAUGAUUUUGAAGAGAAAGGUCUUUUAUCAGCUGAGCUGACCGCGUCCCACUUUGGAGGAGGGGGUCUCCUCCGAAAGAGAACACCAGGGGAGGACGGGGAAGAUCACCACAGAGCCAAGUCCCGACAGGAGCUUAUCGAAGAGCUCAUCCAGAAGUCCAAGCAGGAGAAGCGGGAACGACAGGUGCGGAAAGAGGAGGCGCAGGAGCUGACCGAGAAGCUGGAUCUGGAGUGGAAGAGCAUCCAGACUCUGAUGGUGAAAAAGACGCCCAAAUGUGAUCAUGUCGAGGAGGAGAAGCCCAAGCUGGAACAGUAUGACAUGAUGGUCAGAGAGAUGGGCUUCGAGAUGAAGGCUCAGCCCUCGGAGAAGCUGAAAACCCCAGAGGAGCUCGCCCGGGAGGAGAGGGAGAAGCUGCAUAAACUAGAGUCUGACCGUCUGAGGAGGAUGAUGGGAGAUGAAGGCGGGGAGAGCUCACAGAGUCAAAUCCACAUCUCUGCUGAUGACAUCAACGAUGGCUUUGUCCUGGAUAAGGAUGACAACAAGACGCUGUCCUAUCAGGAUGGAAAAUGGAACGUUGAAGAGGAGUCUGAGAAAGAUAAGGAUGAAGAGGACGAUGAAAAAGAGGGACAGAGUGGGGAGGAGGAGGAGGCAGAGGAGGAAGUAGAUGGCGAUGAUGAGGAGGAGGAGGAAGAGGAAGUCGAGCAGGAGGGAAGCAGUGAAGAAGAAGAUGGUCACUCUGACCUUGAGUCCGAGCCAGAGAGCGAGGAGGAGGAGGAGGAGGAGGAGGAAACGGAGACCAGUGCCAAACCGAUUCUGAGCAAAGAGGAGAUGAAGGCCCAGCAGGAAGCGGCUAAAGCAGAGCUCCCAUACACAUUCACUGCUCCAGAGACCUACGACGACCUGAAAGAUCUCCUCCAUGGCCACACCCCCGACAACCAGCGCCUCAUCGUGGCCCGGACUCAGAAAAGCAACCAUGCUAGUUUGGCUGUCGGCAAUAAGCUCAGACUGCAGAAACUGUUUGGCUUCUUGUUGGAGUACAUCGGAGAUCUGGCCACCAGGAGUCCGCCUGAACUCGCCACCACAGAUAAGCUCAUACCAGAGUUGUACACGAUGUGUCAGAUGUUUCCAGAGGCAGCCUGUAAGACCAUGCAGAGCAUCCUCGGAGACGCCGGUCACAGCUCGGAGGAGGUGCUCGAGGUCAAAGGGCAUAUUACUUUCCCAACGCUGGACAUGAUCAUCUACCUGAAGGUGACCGCCCUGCUGUUUCCUACCUCCGAUUUCAGACACCCGGUCACGACUCCGGCUCUGCUCUACAUCAGCCAGGCUCUCACCAAGUGUCCAGUGAAGUCAUUGCAGGACGUGACGUCGGGUUUAGCGCUGUGCUGCCUGGGACUGGAGUACGUCACAUUUUCAAAGCGCUUCCUGCCGGAGCUCAUCAACUUCCUGGCUGGAACGCUGCACCUGGCCGUGAAGGACAAGACGUCUCUCGGCUACACGGUGGUGCCGCCCUUCAGGCCAUCGGGGAAAUGCAGUGACCUGCUGGUGCUGUCGGACUCCGAGUCCUGCAAGAGCUGGACAAAGAAAAGCCUUCCGUUGUCUACGACCCAACACCUGGAACUCAGAAGUGAGCUGGAAAGAGAUCACCACAGGUUGACGUGUCUGUCCACCUGCCUGGACCUGGUGAAGCGAUGCCGUCUGCUCUACAAAGACCUCACGUCCUUCGCCUGCAUCUUUCAGCCAAUCGGAACGCUGCUGUUCAAACACCUCUCGGCCCAAACACUACCAGAGCUUCUACAGGAGCUUCACGGUGAGAUCCUGGAGAGCAUCGGCAGCGUUCCCGCGAGUCGCAGCCGGCUGGUUUUAGAGCGGAAGAAGCCGAUUCCGCUGAAGAUGCUCACACCCAAGAUAGUUGAAGUGUUGGACUACGGGAAGAAACGUGGCAGCACCAGAGAGGAGAGGGAGAAGGAGCGCCUGAAGCACAAGUACAAGAAGGAGUUCAAGGGCGCUCUGAGGGAGAUCAGGAAGGACUCUCGCUUCCUGGCCAGAGUGAAGCUCAGCGAGGUCAUGGACAGAGAUUCAGAGCGAAAGAGGAAAGUGAGGGAGCUCUUUGGCAGCUUGGCCACGCAGGAGGGAGAGUGGAAGGCCCUGAAGAGGAGGAAGAAGAAGUGAAAUGCAGAAUCUCACUAUCGUAUCUUUCCAUCAUCCGUUUCCUGUCAAAUGGACAUCAUCCAGAUGUGGAUAGCAGCCAGUAUACGGUUGAAAUCUGUGGAACUAUGAGACGCUUUGUGGAUUUAUUUUUUAAUCGCGAGAUAGGACAAAUUCAACUCUCGUCACAGCACGCUUUUUAUGGUGUUUGUUAAAUAGCUGUCAGAAAUGCACACCAAAUAUUAUGAUGUAGGCGUUUGAUGCGAAUAUCAGUGACUGUUGUUGGAAGUGUCAACACAGCAGUGAAUACCACCAGAACCCAUCACUACCAUGUGCUUCAAUACAAAUAAAUGACAGUUUCUUCCUGUUCUGUUUUCCAUGCACGUUUUUACCGUCUAGGUCAGGAAGGAGUUCUAAGUUAAAUAUCCGAGAGGAUUGGUUAUAUUACAUAAAACUUGUGAUCUGUUCAGUGGGUGUCUUUAGAGGGAGUGAAUACAGUGUUCUAGUUUUUAGUUAGCAUUUUUUUUUUUAUGAUAACUAAACCCCGGGGUUGUUGAAAAACAUCCUGGAUGUGUGAGGGGGAGACGUUAUGAAGCCCUGAAUGAAGUCAGAAGAUGACAAAAUGUUGCACGCUUUUUGGGGGGGAAAUAAAAUGCUCCCAUCAUU